CUUGACAUAAAAACAAUAGAUUUUAAAUUGACACAAUAUGUCAACUAAAUUAAAAUUUAGCAUAUGACAUCACGCUAUAUCGGCAGAAUAUUGUUAAAAAUCGAGUUUACAAGCAUGGCGUGACUACAGAAAUUAAUAAAAAAUGAGCAUGCGCUGCCAUCUCAAAACUCACAGCCACAGAGUAGUAUAGGCAUGUAACUCUGCGACAUACAUCAAUCAAAAGUGCCAAGGAAAGAAAAAGUGUAAAAAGUUCAGCUAUCCUUUAAUUUUUGUCGCAAAACACAUUUCAGACAUGGAAACCGGUCAAUCUAUUCUCAUGUUUAUAGUUAUCUUGCACAAUCUGUCAAAAGAAAACUGAUUGUGGCUCGUAAUAUCAUCAAAUAUUCUCGAUAUCCUGUUUGAAGAUCUAUAUAUCAUCGAAAUAUCUGUAUUUCAUAAUCAUGGAAUGGCUAUUUGGCAAGCGUAUCACUCCUGAGGAAAUGCUCAGAAAGAAUCAAAGAGCAUUGAACAAAGCAAUGCGAGAUUUAGACAGAGAAAAAGUAAGAAUGGAACAACAGGAAAAAAAAAUUAUAGCUGACAUAAAGAAACUUGCAAAGGAUGGACAAAUGGAUGCUGUGAAAAUUAUGGCCAAAGAUCUAGUUAGGACAAGACGUUACGUAAAAAAGUUUAUGCUAAUGAAAGCAAAUAUACAAGCAGUAUCUUUAAAAAUACAAACCUUACGUUCCCAAAAUACAAUGGCACAAGCUAUGAAAGGGGUGACUAAAGCCAUGCAAAACAUGAAUAAACAAUUAAAUUUACCACAGAUACAAAAAAUAUUACAAGAAUUUGAAAAGCAAUCGGAGAUAAUGGAUAUGAAGGAAGAAAUAAUGAAUGACGCAAUAGAUGAUGCAAUGGAAGAUGAAGGAGAUGAAGAAGAAAGUGAUGCCAUAGUUGCUCAGGUAUUGGACGAAUUAGGUCUACAGUUAACAGAUCAACUCUCUGGACUACCACAAGCAUCUGGAUCACUAAGUGUAGCUGGUUCGAAGCAGCCAAUUGCUGCUGCAGCAGGCAAUGAGGAAGGAGGUAAUCUUGCGGACGCUGACGCGGAUUUACAAGCUCGACUUGAGAAUUUGCGACGUGAAUAAAUCGACACUUAAAAAUAAUAUUAACUAAAAUAUUUUAAUUAAAUAUGUUAAAUAUGUUAAAUAUUAUAAUUAAAUAAUGUACAAAAAAUGUAAAAAGAAUUGGCUACCUACUGGACAUUAGCUUUAAAAGAAUAGCACUAACUGAGUAUUCAAAUGCUUGUGUAUACUUAAUAUAAGUAUAAACCUAAAACAAAUAUUUCUCUUGUUUGCAUACAAUUUUUCUUGAAUAAUUUUAUAUUUUAUAUGUUUAAAUUUUAUAACUGCUUUUAUAGCUAACAUUCUCUAUAAAUAUAUAAAUUUCUAAUACAGAUAUAUGCAAAAAAAGUAUAAUAAAAUAUAUAAUACAAUAACA